AUGGCAGCCGAGACUCCUAGGUCGAGUGACAAGCGCUCCAACUCUCGCACGCGAACACCGCAUCCCACAACACCUCUACGUCCAACUACACCACUACGCCCGUCGUCACGUUCGUCAUUCCGCGAUUCCGCUCGCAGCGCCGGAGGGGACGGCCACUCGUUCCCUCUCAACGCGUUUGAGCCAGCAUUUGGGGAGCUCUCCGACGCCAUGGCCGACCUCGAAGCAAACAUGAUGCACUUUCAACUGAUGCACGAAAGCCUGGCCCGGUUUAGCGAAUCUUUUUCCAGUUUCUUGUAUGGUUUAAAUAUGAACGCCUUCUGUGUUGAUUUCCCCGAGGCACCCGUCGCCGAAUCCUUUCGUCAUAACCGCCCAGAUGUCGAGCCUGCUCCUGCUAGCACCCCCCGCGCUGAGAACGAUGGCGAAACUACGUUCAUGCAAGCCUUACCUCCCAUAUUGACUCCGCUGCGCUCCACUAACAACACUCUGCACCUCGCCAGUCUCGACUGCCCUCGGUCAGAGGUGGUGCUGGAACUGCAAGAAGAGGAGCUGGCACACAAACACGCGGGCGCCCCAGCGGGCUAG